AUGGGAAACUUACCUUUAGAAGUCAAAGUUGAAAUACCAAAUGGUAUAUCAUAUACUCAACCAACUGGUUUAUUCAUAAAUAAUGAAUUUGUUUAUCCAAAAGAUAAAAAGACAUUUGAAGAUAUUUCACCAGCAACUGAAGAAGUGAUUACUGAAGUUUAUGAAGCAAAAGAAGAAGAUAUUGAUAUUGCAGUUGAUGCAGCAAUUGAAGCUUAUAAAACUUGGUCGGUAAGCAAACCAGAAUUAAGACAAAAGGUUUUAUUAAAAUUGGCUGAUUUAAUAGAUGAGAAUGCUGAAUUAUUAUCAAGUAUAGAAACUUAUGAUAAUGGAAAAUCUUUACAAAAUUCAAAAGGAGAUAUUGCAUUAGCUGCUGCUUAUUUCAGAUCUUGUGCUGGUUGGUGUGAUAAAAUUACUGGUAAUGUAAUUAAUACAGGUGGUCAACAUUUCAAUUAUACACAAAGAGUCCCAUUAGUUUGUGGUCAAAUUAUCCCUUGGAAUUUCCCAAUUUUAAUGUUAUCAUGGAAAUUAGGUCCAGUUUUAGCUACUGGUUCUACUACUGUCUUAAAAUCAGCUGAGCAAACUCCUUUGUCAGCAUUAUAUAUAGCAAAAUUAUUAGCAGAAGCUGGUAUGCCAAAAGGUGUAGUCAAUAUUGUUUCUGGUUUUGGUAAAAUUGCAGGUGCUGCAAUUGCUAGUCAUAUGAAAUUGGAUAAAGUUGCUUUCACAGGUUCUACAUUAGUUGGUAAAACUAUUAUGAAAGCUGCAGCUGAAUCUAAUUUGAAAAAAGUUACUUUGGAAUUGGGUGGUAAAUCUCCAAAUAUUGUUUUUGAUGAUGCAGAUCUCGAUGAAUCUAUCCAACAUAUCAUUACUGGUAUCUUUUAUAAUUCAGGUGAAGUCUGUUGUGCUGGUUCACGUGUUUUGAUUCAAUCUGGAAUUUAUGAUAAAGUUGUAGCAAAAUUAAAGAAAGCUGCUGAAGCCAUUAAAGUUGGUAAUCCUUUUGAUCCAGAUACUUUCAUGGGAGCUCAAGUUUCAGAAGUACAAAUGUCAAAAAUCUUACAAUACAUUGAAUCAGGUAAAGAACAAGGUGCAAAAGUCAUUUCUGGAGGUAAAAGAGGAGAUGCAAAAGGUUACUUUGUCCAACCAACUAUCUUUGGUGAUGUUGAAGGUCAUAUGAAGAUAGCAAAAGAAGAAAUUUUUGGACCGGUUGUAACAUUGAUCAAAUUUGACACAGUUGAAGAGGCUAUUGAAUUAGCUAAUGAUACUGAGUAUGGAUUGGCUGCUGGUAUUCAUUCAUCAGAUGUCAAUAAAUGUAUUGGAGUUGCUAACAAAAUCAAUGCUGGUACUAUUUGGGUCAAUACUUAUAAUGAUUUCCACCCAAUGGUUCCAUUUGGUGGAUUCCAUUCUUCAGGUAUUGGUAGAGAAAUGGGUGAAGAAGUAUUCAAUGAGUAUACACAAACCAAAGCUGUUAGAAUCAAAUUAAACACCUCAAGAUUUUAA